UGCUAGGUGUGCAACAAGGGAUAGCUCGGCCUUCGAGUUUUAUACCAUGGUAGUCCUCUUGGUUGAAGUGAUUCACGCCAGAGGAUGACCAUGAAGGCCAAGUUUGUCCUUACACAAUUUGGUAUAAUCUCGUGUUUAUUCCUGCUUUUCUCAACGUUCCCCCGCGUAUCUGGUAAAAUGAGCACAGUGUUUCUCACGGAAGAAUCUCCCCGGGGUUAUUCCUCCAAACAGACUGCUCCACAUCAUUCACCGUUUACGGACACAAGAGAUGAAGACCAAUACCUUCAGUUCAUGCUAGAAAUGUACAGGAAAGCUGCGGAUACAAACGGAAGGCCUAAAGGCCACAAAGUUUUCGGGUCGAACACCGCGCGGCUUUUACGCGCGACAGAACACAAACGCAGACUUGUCUCAUCAACAGAUGUGCACUUCACACUGCGCUACGAGCUGGACAGCCUUCUGCUGGAGCGGCUGGUGCGAGCCUCCCUGGUCCACAUGAAGCUCCCCGUGGGACAACUCCAGCCGCUCAGCUGCAGAGCCAAGGUGUGGCACCUGGGCCCAGCUGGCCAGACCAUGCCAUCCCAAGACAAAGUGGUCCUCGCACCUCAGAAGCUGUGGCUGGAGAGGGACGUCACACGGCAGGUGUCCCGGUGGAAAGAAGGAGGCCCCUUGUCCCUGUCUGCCCAGUACCGCUGCCAUCCACUCAGGAGGGUGGGUGGCACGCGUGGCUCGAAGUGGGACUAUCAGCCCCCUCAGGUUUACCUGAUGGCCCCGGCUCUUCUGCUCUUCCUGGAGGAAGACCAAGAUCAGCGUCGGAUGAGCAAGUGGCCGUUCGGCGGCCCUACGUCACACGGCGCCCUUGGGAAGCGCCCCACAGAAAGUACGUCGCUCAGUGGGGAUCUACUGCCGCCACCUCACGGUUCAUUGGAGGAGUACUCUGUGGAGGAGGGGUUGUUUGGCGCCCCACCUGCACCACACGUCCCACCUGCAACACACGCUCAUUCCCGACGUCGCCGCUCGCAGAUGCCCGGCAGCAUUGUGUCGGACAUCCUCAACUUCAAGGGGGGCAAGAAUGGUGCCCCAAAGAACCAGUGCAAGCGCCAUUCCUACCAGGUGUCCUUCCGUGACCUGGGCUGGGACAACAUGAUCAUCUUCCCGGAGAAGUACAACCCGCACUACUGCAUGGGCGACUGCCCGCGUGUCCUGCGCUACGGCCUCAACUCGCCCAACCACGCCAUCGUGCAGACCUUCAUCAGCGAGCUGGGCGUGGCGGACAUCCCGCCGCCCUCCUGCGUGCCCUACAAAUACAAGCCCAUCAGCGUGGUGAUGAUGGAGAAGAACGACAUUGUUUACAAAGAGUUUGAGGACAUGAUUGCAGAGUCUUGCACCUGCCGAUAGAGGCUCUAUAUAGGAGGAGAUGUUAUGAGGAGAUGAUGCGAUGUCAAAAGGAGAUACUGGGAUGUUAUCGGCACCUCCCUAUGGACAUCAGCACCUGGCCUUGUGUGUCUGUUGGAGAACAUAAAGAAUGUCUUUCUCUUGGGUGCUGUGAGUGAGUCCGUGGCGUGUUUUCACACAUUUGAACCACCAACUUCUUUUUUUUGUACCAAAUGUAUGUACACAGAUGGUGGUUCAGAGUCUGGAGUUGUCUGUGCUUGUCUGUGUUUUGUCUGAGUGUACGUCUGUUUACUUGUGCAAUGUGUUUCUGAAUGUGUUUUUUUACAUGUGUAUAAUGGUUAUUGACGACAUUGACUAUCAGUAUGUAGGAGGAAGCAGGGUAGCAUGACUUGUGUGUCAUCUCUGAAAUCCCACUUGGCAAUAUGUAUAUAAUUCAAUAGAUUUUGCACGUACAACAACAUAGGAUUUCUUCCAAUAGAAUAUGUUGACAUUCUUUAAAAUGUUGUAAUUUAAAAAAGAGAGCGUGAGAGAGAGAGAGAGCGAGAAAGAGACAGAAAAAAAUGGCAAAUACUUUUUAGAGCUGUAUGCCCAAUGUUCCCGCAACUGUGUGCCCAAUGUAGAGGCAUAUAGUUCUGCUGGAGUGUUGGGCAAGCAAACUCAAACUCCUGUGACCAUCUGUGUCAUAGAUGGCUUGGUCCACUUCCUUUCCUUUUCUCUGCUCCUGGUAAGUUACCUUAGACCAGAGAAAUGUUGUGAGAAGUGGAGCAGAGAGAGUAAACUGACUUGGGAUGAACUGUUAAAGAAUUAUGUGUUUAAUGAGAUGUGAAAAAAGAAAUAACUGAAGCCUUGACAGUUCUUUUAUUAACAUUAAUGGGUAAAAAAAAAAACAAUGAAAUAAAAUGCAUAUUUUGUAUGAA